AUGAAAAAUAUAUAUGUCUAAACAAGUUUUCAAGGAGAAAGGUAAGAACUUUACAAGAAAAGUUGAAGUUGGUGGAUGUAAUCAUCAUAUAUAUAAAGGUGGGUAGAAGUGCAAUUUUUUUAGCAAACACAACAUUUUGUUUUUGUUGUAACUUGUUUGUUGGUGUUAGUUGAGAGUAGUACAUAUAGGGAUGGGUAGACAACCCUGUUGUGACAAACUUGGAGUGAAGAAAGGGCCAUGGACAGCUGAGGAAGACAAGAAACUCAUCAAUUUCAUUCUUACAAAUGGCCAAUGUUGUUGGCGUGCUGUCCCUAAACUUGCCGGUCUUCGGCGUUGCGGUAAGAGUUGUCGUCUCCGAUGGACUAAUUACCUUCGACCAGACUUGAAAAGAGGCCUUCUUAGUGAAGCUGAGGAGAAAUUGGUCAUUGAUCUCCAUGCUCGUCUUGGAAACAGGUGGUCCAAAAUUGCUGCAAGAUUACCGGGAAGGACUGACAAUGAGAUAAAAAAUCAUUGGAACACACAUAUUAAGAAAAAGCUUCUCAAAAUGGGGAUUGAUCCUGUUACACAUGAACCACUCAACAAAGAAGAAAAUCCAACUGAUCAACCAAUCCUAGAAUCUGGUCAAAAUAAAAAUAAUGUUCAUCAGCAGGUAGUGGUUGUACCGGUGCGUACAAGCGUCACUGCAGCAGCCACCUUGUUAGAAUUAGAUAACUCUUCUACGUCAUCUUCUUCUGCUUCUUCGUCUGAAAACUCUUGUAAUGAAUCCAAGCUUGUCCUCGACGCGUUUAACGAAAAUGAUCCACUGCUGAGUUGCCUACUGGAAGCUGAUGAUGCUCCUCCUCGUAUGGAUUUGCCAUGGGAACUUCCCCCAAAAAAUUUCGACAACAUCAACAACAUGACAGCAUGGGACGAUGAAAGUUUCAAUUGGCUAUUGGAUUGUCAAGAUUUUGGGAUCCAUGACUUUGGUUUUGACAAUUGCUUCAAUGAUGUUGAAUUGGAGGUCUUUAACACCAAAUAUGACAUGGAGAACAAGCAGUAAUUAUUAAAAUUACUGAAUUUGACAUAGCCAAGAAAUUCUAGUUUUCACAACAUUAGUGUUCUUCAAAUUACAUGCAUGUUUACAAAGGUAUCAUGUCUGGAGUACUAGGAAGUUAUAUUUUGUUUGUAUUGUACAAAUUUUAUUAAUACUGCUUAGAAUAUUCUCGAAGAGUCCAAGGUGAAACCCUGCUUCUAAUUUAGUGGUUUUUGGACAACCUAUAGCUAGCUACCAACCAUCCAGUCAAAUGAACCAAUCAUGUUAGGCAAAAUAAAGUCCAAAGAGAUAUAAAUGAUAUUGUAUAGUUGUGUCAAUUGUAGAGAUGUUUAGUGCUAUAUCCCUGUGCCAAGGAUGGGAACAUGAUAUACUUUUGAGGCAAAUUAUUGGAGGGGUUCAUAUGUACGUAUAUUAUAAGAAACCUUUUGUAAAUUAUUAUGUGGAGAUAUAUAAAUUAUAAUGA